AUGUCUGCCCUUGUUGGUGAUAUCACCCCGGAUAAAUGGCCCGAGCCCAACUAUGAUGAUCCAGAGACCCGGACGUCUCUUAUUCUAGGCUUCAUGAUAUCAGGGGCCAUACUGUCUAUCGCAUUCACCGCCGGGAGGUUAAUCGCCAAAGUCAAACGCAGCAACAAACACGCUCUUGGCUUAGAUGAUUGGCUUAUGACCAUAUCCACAGUCAUGAUGCUCGGUGUAAACAUACUCGGCUGCGUAUCAACUUCUGUAGGCUCGGGACGUCAUACAUGGGACGUAAAGCUCGGCUGGGCAGUCACUUGGGGAAAGAUUGAUCUUGCCACAUACGUGCUAUUCAUACCAAGUGUCUCGCUCACCAAAAUCUCCCUCUGUGUGUCCUACCUCAGGCUGUUCCCAUCCCGUAUGAACCAAUGGUUCUGCUACAUCUGCAUCACCUUUCUCACCCUCUGGUCCCUCACCUUUAUCUUCCUGAUGAUGUUCGCCUGUCGCCCCAUCAACGGUUUCUGGGAUCCCACUAUCCGCGAAGCGUCCUGCCUGCAUAUUAAGGAGCUCCUCAUCCUCACCGGCGUCCUCAACUCGUUGACUGACUUCUGUGUGUUUUUGUGGCCAGUCAAGACGCUGUGGUCGAUACGUCUGCCGCUACUACAACGAAUCAGUUUGGUAGUGGCGUUCGGAAUCGGCUGCUUCGUGUGCCUGGCAGGUGUGGUGCGCGCGUGGUACAUGGAGGUCUAUUUCCAAUCCGACGACCCGUACUGGAAGGCGGCUAUCCUUUGGAUCAUCGUCAGCCUCGAGGGCAAUCUCGGUAUCGUGUGCGGCUGUCUCCCGACGCUAAAGCCUCUCGCAAAGAUGCUUUGGCCCCGCCUAUUCUCCAGCAGCAGUCUCGUCAUCGACAAACUGGCGCCGGUGGCCACCGGUCCGAACGGUCCCAGCAAUGCGGAGGAAGGGAGAAAUAGCGGUAACGAGAGCCAUCGCGGCACCGUUGCUGCUGCUGCUGGCCUCGGGCCAAAGUUGGAGCUGGGUGCCAUGGGCGCGUCAAUGGGCGCCAAGAAUGAAGGAUGGCCGUUCGGCAACAUCAGCCAGCCCGGCCGAGGCGGCGGCAGUCCGGGCAUAUUCGAAGAGAUGUUCGCCGCGAAGAAGAAGAGGGACGGCUACUUCGACACCAACAUGACGCCGAUCGGCCAGGGCGAGAUGCGGAUGUUGGACGACGGCGACGUCUGGGCCGAGGUCGACACGAGGUCACCCAGUGGCGUGUGGCGCAUCUUGCGCACCGUAACGCUGCACAGCAGCAGCAACAGCAGAAGGAAUUCAAGCGCCGUCGUCGGGGCUGAGGGCAAUGCUGUCCCUGGUGUUGCUGCUGCGGAUGCUCGCCAUUCAGCCUUGUCGUCGACGUUGCCCCCGUCGACGUUCGCAUCCAGAGAUCCGUCGGCAGAGAUCGAGGAUGAUAGGAGCGAGGAGCAUAUAUUAAGACCGUCAAGACGGUGGUACGGGAAGGACAGGUGA